AUGUUAAUUAACAAACCAAAUAUUAAUACCUUAAAUAUAAAAGUUGGUAGAACAUUAUCAUUAAGACCAAAAGUUCCACCACCACCACCACCUCCUACAUUACAAACAUCAAAUAGUACAAUAAAAAGUCUAUUAUUUUUUAAUAGUGAAAAUGAUUUUUCAGAAAAAAGUUCCGGAACUUCAAUAACAACUUUAGAAGUAAUUUAUGAUGACAAAAAAAAUACAGGGUUAAGGAAUACAAAUAACUUUAAAUUUACACAAAAUGAUAUUUUAAAAAAUAACAAUAAUGAUGAUCAUAUCUCUUGGAAAUUUGAAGACUUCACUAGUAGUGAUGAAGAAAAUUAUUAA